AUGGCUAGCAUUCCGGAAUUUCCGAAAUUUGAAGUUUACAGUGAUGAACAGUCUGCAGGUGUAAGAUGGAACAAAUAUGUCGCGAAAUUAGAGAAUUUAUUUGUGGGAAUGAACAUAGACAAAAAUAAAAGAAAAAAGGCAUUGUUAUUACACUACUCCGGAGAUGAAGUAUUUGAAAUAUACGAGACGCUCAACCUUAGAACUACCAACGACAAUUAUACAGAAACAAAAUCUGCGCUUCAUGACUACUUCAUGCCAAAAAAGAAUAAAGAAUUCGAAAGAUUUGAGUUUAGAAAUCUGAAGCAAAAUCAAGGCGAAACAAUAGAUAUGUAUGUAACGAAAUUACGUCAGAAAGCGGAACAUUGUGAAUUCAGUGAUAAGGAUGGUGAAAUUAAAAGUCAGAUAAUACAAGGAUGCGUAUCAAAGAAAUUAAGAAUUAAGUGCUUAGAAGAAGAAAAGGAAUUGAAAGAUAUCCUAAUUUUAGCAAGAAGUAUGGAAAUGGCGGAAAAACAAGCACACGCAAUGGACAGACAUGACAGUCUUCCGGUAAACAAAAUUAAGAAACAUCCUUCCCAGCGACGAAAGCCUGAAAAUCCUGCUUAUCAGAAAGAAAUACAGAAGUGUAGAAACUGCGGAGGAACUUAUCCACAUGCGCGAAAAUGCCCAGCCCUUGGCGCAAAAUGCAAUUACUGCCAUAAAAGAAACCAUUUCAUUGGGGUAUGUCGUAAACGGCUAAAUUCAAAAGGACAACUACACGAAAUAUCCGAAAAUAACAAUGGCUAUGAAACCAACAGUGAAGACGAAUCUUGUUCUGAAACGGAUGUGGCUUUUGGACUUAGUGUUGUAAAGAAAAUUUCAAACAAAAAAGUGCCAAAAGUAAACUUAAAAGUAAAUGGUGUUGAUGUGACUUUUCUUGUUGACACAGGAAGUAGCUUGAAUAUUCUCGACGAGUCUUUAAUCGACAAAAUGAGACCGAAGCCGAAAAUCCAGAAAACAAAAACAAAAGCAUAUGCAUUCGGUCAAAACAAACCAUUGUCUAUAAAAGGGAAAUACGUAUGUGUCAUAGAAUCGGGUCCUAAAUUCGCAACAACGGAUUUUCAUGUCGUGAACGGUGCAUCGGAAAAUUUGAUAAGUUAUGAAACCGCCGUGGAGCUUGAAAUUGUACCAGUCAUACAGACUAUAUCUAGUAAAAAUGAGAAGUAUUCAGACUUAUAUGACAAAUACAAACCAGUGUUCAAUGGGCUAGGAAAAUUAAAGGAUAAGCAAAUCAAAUUCCAUAUAGACGAAAGUGUAAUACCUACUGCCCAGCCAGCUAGACGCAUUCCGUUUCACGUCCGUGAUAAAGUUGCACAAGAGCUCGAGAAACUUGAAAAACUUGAUGUAAUUGAAAAAGCCACAGGUGCGACACCCUGGGUCUCGAACUUGGUCGUUGCUCCGAAACCCAAGUCUCCGAAUGAUGUCAGAAUUUGUGUAGAUAUGAGAAAAGCGAAUCUAGCAUUAAAGCGUAAAGACAUGUCGUGCCUACAGUGGAUGACAUAA